AUAGGAAAUUGUUAAAAUUGAUCAACAGUUUUGUCAUGCGUCAAGAUAUAUCCAAGAUUGUAUCACACAAACUGGUUAAUAAUUAGAAAUACAACUUACGACUUGUUUUAUUAGUACAAUUCGUUCAGGUAAAUAACUUUUUGGUAAUUAUAGUUGUAUAUAAGGAUUUGCUUUUGAAUAACCGUCAAAUUUGACGAUGAACCUUCAAUAUUUAAACAGUAAAAAAUAAAACAUGUGUAUGUAAGGUUGUUUUUUUUAUAAACUUGGUCGGUUUUUGCAAAUGAAUAACUUCAUAAGAAAAUGGACGAAAUUGCAAUAGUUGGUGUCGGAUGCCGUUUCCCGGGGGCAGAUAAUCUUAGAGAGUUUUGGAGAGUACUUCACAGGGGUGAAAAUCACGUCAAGGAGAUACCACGUGAGCGAUGGAACGUUGAUGCGUUUUAUGAUCCAGACCCGAGUGCCCCUGGAAAAACAUACGUUCGCAAGGCGGGUUUUGUCAGCGGUAUUGACAAAUGGGAUAGCAAAUUUUAUGGAAUUAGCGACGUAGAGGCCGAGGUUGUUGACCCCCAGCAGAGACUUGUUUUAGACUGCGUACAUAUGGCAUUAGAAGAUGGUGGUAUCAUGAAAAAAGACAUUGAUGGCGCAAACAUUGGAGUUUACAUAGGCUCCAUGACAGAUGAUUAUAAAGUUCAGGCAGCAGAAGACAAUACACUCAGUAACAUAUAUACAGUAACAGGUACACACAGCAGUAUUAUUAGUGCUAGAGUAUCGUAUGCAUACAACCUUACAGGUCCUGCCCUUACUCUUGAUACAGCAUGCUCGUCUUCUCUUGUUGCUAUAGACGUGGCUUCUCAAGCUUUACAAACAGGAAAAUGCACUGCAGCCAUAUGUGGAGGUGUAAAUGUUCUCCUGGAUCCUCAGAUGUUUGUCAUUCUUUCCAAAGCCAGAAUGCUGUCUCCGAGUGGUCAAUGUAAAACUUUUACUUCAGAAGCUGACGGUUACGCUAGAGGGGAAGGAUGUGGAAUUGUUAUUUUAAAGACAUUGCAUGAUGCUAAGCAAGACGGAAAUAAAAUUUGGGGAACGAUAAAGACUGGCACGAAUCAAGAUGGUCACAUGACUGUGCCUAUCACAGCGCCAUCUGGUUUGCAGCAAGAGCUUUUGAUUAAAAACCUCUAUGAACAACAUCAAGUGCAAAAGUCUAGAAUUCGGGUGAUUGAAGCACAUGGUACAGGAACUCCUGUGGGAGAUCCGAUAGAAGUAAAUGCGUUAGCAAAGCAUUUUGGCAAAACAGCAUCGGUGGAAGCAUACAUUGGAUCUGUGAAAACAAAUAUUGGUCAUUUAGAAGCUGCAGGAGCAAUGGCAGGGUUAAUCAAAGUGCUUCUUAUGAUGCAACAUAGAUUGAUAGUACCGUCUCUUUGGUAUAACAAAUACAAUGAAAAUCCUAAACUAAAUCUGAACGAUAAAGGGUUUAUUGUUCCAACAGAAUGCAUCACAUGGCAAUCCAAUGGCUCUGAAAAACUCACAGCCUGUGUAAACAGCUUUGGGUUUGGGGGAACAAACGCUCAUGCAAUUGUAGAGGAAUUCGUUUAUCCUGAUGGUGAAGGACAGGUUGACACAAUAUUACCUCACAUUGUUACAAUGUCUGCUUAUGAUGAAAUAAGUCUUGUAGAAAUCGUAAAAAAUGUCUUUGAACAUUUAAAUGUUCAUGAGUACGAUGUAUCUGCAGUUUCUUGUACAUCAACAUGUAAACACGACCACAAACCAUUACGGAAAGCAGUAUUCGGUGAAACACAAGAGGCAUUGAUGUCCGCAUGUAAAUUAUAUCUCAAUAAUCCAAUAAAUGUUUCAUUAACAUCAAGUGAAAAGAAAAUAAUUUUCGUUUUCUGUGGUGUUGGGACAGCAUGGAAAGGAAUGUGCACCAAUCUAAUGAAAAUUGAGGUCUUUAGGACGGCUGUUCAAAAGGUUGAUGCAUAUUUACAAAAAAGGGUUGACUGGUCGAUAUCAGAAAAGAUAAGAGAAUCCAACGAUUUUACCACUGAAGCUAUGGUAACCCAUAUUGCAAUAUUUGCCUGCCAGAUUGGACUAGCUGCUUUGUGGAAACAUUUUGGUGUAGAACCAUAUGUUGUAAUAGGCCAGUCUGUCGGAGAAGUGGCAGCAGCGCAUGUCGCAGGAUAUAUUGAUCUUAAAACUGCUGUACGCAUCAUUUAUUACAGAUCAAAGUACCUGUCGAAAGUAAAGGAAGGUUCAAUGGCCGUUAUUCGUAAUGUUGAUGUUUCUAUCACUGAAAAGCUUUGCAAAGGUUGUAAAGGAGUCUCAAUUGCAGUUUAUAAUAGCUCAUUAUCUUGCACUGUAACUGGAAAAAAAGAAGAUAUCGACAUGUUUAAGAAAAUGCUACAGAACAUAGACAGCUUGAAUCCUGAAAUAAUCAACUUGAAUGUAGGAUGUGCAUAUCAUAGCACUUACGUAAAUCGUGCUGCCAAAAAACUUGCGAAGAAGGUACAUAUUGACGUAAUCAAAAGUAAAAUACCAUUUAUUUCAACGGUUACUGGAGAAAGAGGAUACGCUGAUGUUAUUGGGACGGGUGAAUACUGGAAACAAAAUAUAAGACAACCAGUUCUUUUUUCCAAAGCCGUUGAAAAUGCAGGAGCUAUGUCUUCUCAAAACAUAUUCCUGGAAAUCGGACCUUCACCUGUUUUACGAUCACACAUAGGCAGCAUACUUACAGACCAAUCUUCCUAUUCAAUUUUGUCUUCAAUGAUGAAAAAUAAGGAAAUCACUACAUUAGCUAGUACUCUAUGUUCAUUGUAUGAAAACAGCGUGAACUUGGAUUGGACCAGAAUACACCAUUGCAGAAAAGAAGUAACAGAUAUACCGUCGAAUAAUCUCAGAAAGCACAGAAAAUUGUAUCAAAGUCAAGAAACUCUUGCGAGGAUCCAAGGGUCAUAUUCCUCAGAUACAAUGCACCUAUAUGUAAGGCAAACUGGAUUUGAUACAAAUUUGUCUAAUUAUCAAGCUGAAUUUGAUCCGAAAGCAACUGCUUUUAUAUAUGAACACGUCGUGUCUGGAGCAUAUAUUAUUCCUGGUGCAACUUAUGCAGAUAUUGGAUUUGUCAUUGGACGAAAUGUCUUUGGUAUCGCCUGUUAUAGCGUAGUGGUUUCUCUAGAGUUUCUUAGGCCGAUGAAGGUAGAAACGGGAAGAAAAUGUGUACUUUAUGUAAAUACAAUAGAAGAGGACAAGGGAAUUCUGUUUCACAUUAAAAACAGUCAAAAUACAAUCUGCAAGGGUUGGGUACAACCUGCAUCCAAAAUACAGAAAGAGAACAGGAUAGAUAUUGAUACCUUGAAAUUCAACAUGACGGUCAAUUCAAGCACACAUUUAAACUCUGAUGGAAUAUAUGGCUUUCUUGAAUCAAUGGGGUUUAAAUACGGAGAGUGUUUCCAAAUGAUGAAACAUUGUGAUACAAAUGGAGAAGAAAGUGUCACGGAAAUAGAAGUUCCUGAUCUCGUCAUAAAACAAAGUGAAUCAACAAUCAUUCACCCUUGUAUUCUAGAUGUAAUGAUACAGUCAACCUUGCACACAAUUAAAGAAGAUAGUGUUCAAAUGAUAAAGACAGAAAGGAUUUCGUGUCUCCCAGUUGCUAUUGAGGAAAUCAGUGUCUUCAGAAAACCCGAAAAGUAUAUGAAUAUAUACACUUAUCGCACAAACACGACCGUUUUAGAUACUGUUUUGCAAACUCAUUACAAUGUUCUUUUGACGACGUCUGGUGGAUUUGUUGUAGCGGAGGUCAGAAACUUUACAAUUUACGGAAGCAGAAAUGACUGUAAAGCGCCAUGUGAGCUUAGCUACAAUCAAGAAUGGCAUCAACUUAGGAAUUUCACUCCAGCUGAAUGUAAAGAGGUCAACAUUCUGGCGUUAACAAACAUAUAUGAUGACAAAAUGGAAACUCUCUUUUGUGAUUGCACACAUGUUUGUCUUUUUCAAAAUCAAAAACGCAUGAAGGUAAAAGAAUAUAUUCAAGAAGCAAUCGAAUUUGGCUUUUCAAAAUCUCAAAACAUCAAAAACUUGUCCGCUGUGCUAUUAAUUGUAACGGAACCACCAACAGCCCCCAGUCUCGAAGCAGAAGACUCACAAGAGAUUCAUAAUCAUGUCAUAGAAAACUGCUUUAUCAUUGUUGCUCUCUUAAGACAUCUGACGGAACAGAAUUUGAGUGUUCCAGUAUAUAUUGCCACCCAAAAUGCACAAAAAGUCGCAUCUACUUCAGUAAAGCAAACACUUACUUGUGGAGCAAUAUGGGGCUUUGUACGCUCAAUAAGCUUAGAGUUUAUAUACAACGAGAUAACGCUCAUAGACCUGCAGCCAUCACUUCUGAAAACGAACGAAACUUUAAUACAACUCAUAUUUGAUACAUGUCAAGAUGUAAAAGCUUUGACACCUGAAAUCGUUAUUCAUCGUAACACAAUAUAUGGGGCCCAGUUUUCAAAGACAAAGAAAAGUAAUCACAUCCCUAAUGUGAGAGCAGAGACAAGACUACUUGGAAGCCUAAGAGGACUUUAUAAGGCAUGUUCUCUGAGUUCAGAUACUGAAAAUUUGGUCUAUCUUACGGAGUAUUCACUUGAACAAGAAAUUCAACCGAAAGGAAAUAUUGGAAUACAAAUAACAUCAGUGUAUAAACACCCUGUGUUAAUAUCACCGAGAAAGACAGAUCGUUUAACUCCACCACAUCAGGGUCCCCUGAAAGAAGACAAUUUAAGUAUCCUUGGCAUUGAGUAUACAGGCUACAAGAUUAACAGAAAAUCCGAUCUUAAAGUACCUUCAAAAGAUGCAUGUUCCGAUACGAAAAAGAAAGUAGUAUGUGUAUAUCCGACACAAGUUAUGACAGAGGUGUGUGUUCCAAAAACCUGUACAGUAAGGUUAGACAAUUUUCCACAUUACCAGCCUGGCACGCUUCUCAACACAAUCCUUAGCUGGAAGUUUUCAGAAUAUGUUCCGAAACAUUCCAAUGUCCUGAUCUACUGUGAAAAUGAAUGCAAGUCGCUUGCUAUGAUUUUGAAAAGCGUUUUAUGUGAAAGACGACAUUCACACGUAAAAGGAACAAAAGGAGAUUUUAAAAGAGAUCGGAAAAGAGGUCAGAAUGUUCUUAUCAUCAUUGGAAAAAUGGAUUCAAAUUUUUCACUUCUGAGCAGUUGUAAAUUGGUAAUUGUCCUUCAAGGUUGUCUAUCGGAAGCUGUUCGACAAUAUUUUACCUUUCAAAGGGAACGAGAGCUUGUUUGUUUAAACGCAUCUGACCUGUUAACAGAGAAAAAUAUAACAAUUUGUUUGAGAGCAAUUGUUCCAUGGCUGAAAAGCUAUCAUCAGGAAAUGUCCUUGAAAUCAAAGGCAACAAAAGACUUAUUGUUGUCUGCGACUUUCCCGAUUGUUUCAUACACAUCAAAAAUGCACACUUUAACAUUACAGGUGGUCAAUGACGCAGUGGUCAAUGAAGCAUGUUCUUCUGUUAAGGUGACAUAG